AGGGCUGAUAAAUUUGUUGCAUUUCAAAGCUAAAAGACACAAAAAAUGGGAUUGAUUUAUUGAUGAGGGAAUCAUAUCCUUAGUACGUGAUAAGUUUGUGAUGAAGACGAAAUUGAUUUACUCCAACAUGAUAAUGAUAAGGAUCCAGACACAUGUUUUUAUGUUUCAUAUUUACAUCUUGUCAAUCCAUAAAUAUAAGUCAACUAAUAGAACCUCACUCUACAGAGGUAAGGAUAUAGCAAAACUUCCUUAAUUCCACUUUAUCCAAGCUCGCACUGAUUAUACAAGCAAUUCUCUGAUGGUAUACAUAAUACAAAUCAGAUUUUUAUGGCAAAAAAACUUGCUAAAAUUUAGAAAAAAAUUGUUUAUGAGCUUCUAGGAAAUAGAAAAUGGGUAUCUUUAUUGUUGUCAUUUCCUUUCCUUGGUACAGCCUGGAUCUACAUCUAGAGCAUCAAAAACUUUGGCUCCCAAGCAUCAUACUUUUAUUAUUAGAAGCAAAUCAUAUCAUACCACAUCAAAGUUUUGACUUCUACCACAUCAAAGUUUGGUAGAAGAAGAGCAAUAAGACCCCAACCAUCUGCCCAAACAGCAUGUGGAAAUUUCAUUAAUUCAUACUUGCUUUUGUGUUGCUGAUGGUCUACAUUCCUCUUGACAAUAAAAGAAACAAAAGGACAUGAGGUUUAAAACUUGUUUAUGGAGUAGGAAAAAUUCAGCUACUUUUCUCUUCUGUUAACCAAUGGGCUUCUGUUUAUUUUUUCUGCUGGUCCUUUUUUAUCAAACUGGUAGUAUUUGAUGGAAGAUUUAAAAAUCUGCAGAUGUUGGUGAUCAAUGAAAACUAUAGCAUAAAUUUCAAAAUAAAAGCUUCCACUUACAGCGAUUAAUAAAUUCAAUGGGUAAACCAAAGGAUGGCGGGCCUUCCGCAACAUGGGAGAAAGAUGUGAAGAUUAUAUUUUGUGAUUUAUGUCUAAGAGAGAUUGAACUCGGCAAUCGACCAACUACACACUUCAAUAAAGAGGGUUGGACGAAUUUAAUUAAGAAUUUUUUUGAAAAAACUGGAAGAGAAUAUGAUAAAGUUCAGUUAAAAAAUAAAUGGGAUCAGUUAAAAAAAGAUUGGAAAUUAUGGAAAGAAUUGAAGCGUGGAUCCACUGGACUUGGUUGGGAUCCUAAGAAGAAAACCAUUGACGCACCUGAUGAAUGGUGGAAAGAAAAAUUAGAGGUUGUGCCAAAUGCAAAAAAGUUUAGAUACAGUGGCAUUGAUCCUGAGCUUGAAGAUAAGCUAGAUCUUAUGUUCCAAGGUGUUGUUGCUACCGGAGAUCAUGCUUGGACUCCAAACCAUGGACUAAACAAUGAAAAUGAUACUGAAGAUUCUGAACACAUUGAUAUAGGUUCUGAGUCUUUUGAAGAUCCUUCACAAAAUCUUGAAAGCAUCAAUGAUUGUAGCCAAUUGAAACGUCCUUCAUCUACAACGUCAACCGGUAGAAGGAAAAUAAUAUUUGGUUCAACAUUUCUAAGAAGCCAAAUAACUCAGCUUGUAAAUUCUUGCACAAAUAUUACCUCUGGAAUUAGUGCAUCAAAGUCAGUAACUGAUACUCCAUCCCUUUCUGCUGCCAUUAAAGUUCUUGAAGAAACCACUGAAGCAUUUGAAGAUAUGCCACUGUAUUUGUUUAGUACAAAGCUUCUCGAGGAUCCAACAAAGCUAGAAAUUUUUAUGUCAAUUUAUUCUGAUCGAAGAGUUAAUUAUCUUCGAUAUUGCUAUGGAAAUCAUGAUACAACAUCAUAGUUUCCUGGAUAUUUAUGUUUUUCUUUAAAAACAUUAGUUUAGUAAAUGUGUUUUAUACAUUACUUUUGUAUUUU